AUGUCGGAUGAGUCGCAGCAUCAGCCUGAGCAGGAGGACGAGAAUCAGGAGGAAGUGCCCAUCAGGAUUUUCACGGCCAUCACCAUCGAGGGGGCAGGCCUCAAAAAGGCGACGUGGCAACCCGCGGUCCAAGUAGUGUCUGGAUGCAACUACAUCAAAUUAAACAAAUGGGAUCGCGACCUCACCCUGUUUGUGACAGGCAAAGGGUUGCGGCUGCAUAGUGGCAAAGAACACAACAUCAAUAGGCAAUGGUUCUCUACCGUGGCCGAGCUUCGCAAAGAAGCCUGCCAAGAAUCACUCAAACGGGUGAUCAAAGAGGCCGCCGAGGCGGAAGGAACACCAAUCCCGCAGAAGAUUCGGCCAGCCACACAGCAGGACGAGUACCUUGCUGGUCGCACCGUGCAGGUGCUGGCCCCUGCUGUGCAGAAUGCUGACGGUGAUGAGGUACAUGCAGAACAUCAGAUGACGAUGCUUUGGGGCAUCAAGGGCGAGCAGCUCUGGGUUGAACUCACGACAGAAAACUUGAAUUAUGUUCGCUUGGCUAUCUUGCACUCGUCUGCAGCCGCCCCGGCGCCUCCGAAGCGAGCUCGAGGGAAAGCUGCAGCGGGCAGUCCGAAGAGGAGGAAGAGAGGCCGCAAACCACAGAAGCCACUCUGCGACGAAGAUCACGAAGGCGAGCCCGACCAGGAAGCCGUCCCGCUAGCCGCCGAGAACUUGUGA